AUGCCCGGGUCUAGUGGAUAUAUCAUUAUUUGUUCUCUCAUUACUGUAGUUACUGCUGUAAACACUGUCCUCAACGUGGAUGAAAUCAAUUCAAUCCACUAUGCGAUUGACAUCUUAAAUAAACCAGUGGUAAAGGACCAGGGUUGGGAUGGAGAGGUGAUGACUGUCGUGAAUAAACAUGGGCAGGAAUAUAUAUGUUCUUUGCCUAGUGUUGCUCCUUUAGACUCGGACCUCAAACAUGAUGACGAUAUAUUUGAUCAGUUGGUGGAUAUUUCUGUUCUUCUGAAACCUAUGGAGACAGCCCCCUGCCUUAUUAAAACUGUUGACUGGUGGACAUACGAAUUUUGCUAUGGUUCAGUAAUCAAGCAGUACCACUUGGAAGACAAUAAAGCCACUGGUCCCAUAAUUAUUUUGGGCAAAUAUGAAUCAGAAUAUAACUGGAGGAACAGCUCAGAAACCAAGAACCGUCUUCAGAGGUUUCACAGUCAAUUUUACGUGAAUGGAACAAAAUGUGAUCUCACAACAGAGCCCAGACGUACUGAAGUUAGAAAUGGCUGCCUCCAGCUCGGGGACGAUAUUUGUGUCCUUGCCUUGUAG